UCUGAAUUAGUGUUCUUUUUGCGGCUUGAGUUUAUAUAUUUUCAGAUAUGAGUUAUUUAUUAUUGUUUAUUUUCUGUAUGCACGUCACAGUUUACUCACUUGGAGACUCGCUCCUAUCGUACACAAUUUUCAUAUACGAGAAUGUAACUGUGGUGGAGAAUAUAGAGAAGAUGGAGGAUGUGAUUGCACCAUCCACCAAGUUGGAAAAAGAGUCGACUAUAUUUGUUUUGGCUUCUGAUGAGGUGCAAGGCUUGCUGGGGAAGAUGCAUUUGUCCAAAAAUGUCUGCUUUCAAGUUCUUUUUGCAUUAGAGAUGAAAUAUGUAACAUUACAAUAUGUGUUUCUGAGAUUGAGAAUGUGUUUUCUUGACACUGUUUAUAACAAAGAAAGGGUUUGUUGA